AUGGGAGAGCCUCGCCCUGGGGGAACCGCCUUCUUGAUCACGGUAUCCCCUACGCCAGUAAAUGGGCAUAAAGGGGGGGACGGCGCGUACGCAGUCCCCACUACCAAAAAUAACGCGUCCGAGUUAUCCACAUUAGGGAUAAUCGCAGGGGUCAACCCAACCGCAGUGCAAUGGGAGAGCCUCGCCCUGGGGGAACCGCCUUCU